AUGAAUCAGAUUAAGUUGGUAAUUCAUGGCGCUAGUGAUAAAGUAACGGGCAUAGCAAACAAUACGAACAAGAAAGUAGUAAUUGUAACGAAUGUCAAGAAAAUUGUGACAAAAGUCAACGACACAACACCGUCUGAUUCCACGUCUGAUUCACUCCCGAGCACGUGUUCGAGUCUUAGCAAAAAGCAGCGCCUAAAUGGGUUCAUAACGUGUUUUGUACUUGGGUUUUUCGUCAGUCUUGGGUCAACUGUUGCCUUAAUAGUGGGCCCUGAUAACGGCACCAAGUUUGGUGUUACGUACAGUUUGGGCAACAUUAUUUCACUUUGCGGUUCAGGGUUCCUCGUCGGUCCGAAGCAGCAAGUUCAGCUCAUGUUUAAACCUGUUCGUUGCAUUGCAACAAUCAUUUAUCUCGUGAUGAUUAUCGUGGUACUGACAGUAGCAAUUGUGACGCCGCAAUUGGGACUUAUGGUGCUUUUACUGGUACUGAUUCAGUCUACGGCCGCUGUUUGGUACUCGGCAAGCUACAUCCCGUAUGGACGCAAGAUCCUUGCACGCAUUGCCAAAAAGGUGUGCGGCAUGGCUGUGUAG